CCCCGUUCCAAAGAAGCCAGCAUCGGCGCCGGCGCAGUAGCCAUCGGCUCAAAUCGAUCCAUCCAUGGCUCCCACGAUCCCACGAUUCUUGCCUUCCUCCCGCCGGCGCCCCACCACCGCGGUCAUCACCAUCUCCUCGUCCUCGUCCUCAUCGUCCUCCUCCUGCUCCUGCGCUGAGUCCGUGCACGAAGUCAUCGUCAUCCUGUCCUCCUCGUCGUCUUCGUCCGCCAAGUCCGUCCGAUCCGUCGUCGUCGCCCCAGCCUCAUCCGGCGGCGGCGGCGGCGACGAAGCCACGAGCCGGCCGAAGAGGAAGGCGCGGUACCAGUGCUGGGACCUCGACGAUGAGCUCAAGGUCCUCGCCACCAUCGCCGACCUCCGCAAGGACAACUUGGGCGCAUUCCCCCAGGCCUCGUGGCUCUUCGAGGCGCUCGGCGACGGACGCUUGCUCCGCCGCCGCGGUGUGGGUGUCAUGGAACUCUCCCAGAAGGUGUACCAACUCAAGUUGAAAUUCCAGAAGGCCAUCGCGAAGGUCGCAGCCAACGGCGGCGUCAGGCGCCUGCGCAAGCACCGCAACAGGGCGAUCUACGAGAUAUCCAAGGAGGUGUGGCCGGACCUGCUGCUGGACGCCAACAUCGCCGCACCCCACAAGGCCAAUGCCGCCCGCCGCCGCAAACGAGCAUCACGCAGCCGUGCCAGGGUCCGCUUCUGA